ACCAUUUUAUGUCCAUUUCUAUGUUCUUGAAAAAAUAUUAUACUAAAUCGUUAGCAAAAUGCAAUGUUAAAGCCACUAAAUAACAUAAUAUAAACAUAGACAGUACGAAUAUAGAUAUAGCACACUUGCAAAUCAACUCCCGACCAUUUGGGCACACAAUACGAUUCCAGAUAAUUGGAAAUAGGCUCAUUCCUAGAUUUCGGCUGAUUUUCUUCGCUCCAUUAAACAGAGCGGCGAGACUUUUUUGUAUAAAAGCCGGACCGAUGCGCGACUUCAGCAUCAGUUCGACUUGCAGCAUUCGCCACUAUAGUAAAGUCAGCAAACCGCAACAAACAGCAACCAUGAAAUUCCUCGUUGCCUUCGGUGUUCUCUGCCUCGUGGCUCUCUCCACCCAGACUCCACUUUUCGAGGGGUGUGACGAGAACAUACAGAGCAUCUUCAAGAACGACUCUUGUUUCCACGUCAAGUGCCAGGAAUUCAACAAGUUGGCUGUCACCUUCCACCAGAUGACCUACCACCAGUGCUUCGCUCCCAAAUGCAAGGAAGGAACACUACUCAAGGGACAGAACCCCGCGGACGUCAGCAAGGUCUACCCACACUGUUGUGCUACCCCAAUCUGUGAAGAACCUGUCAAGAGUUGUAAUUAA